AUGGCUUUGGAAAAAGAACGUCCCGCCUUAUACAGGCUACCUACCGAGUUGGUCAUCUCAAUAUUCUCUUAUCUACCCAAUGUAAAAUCCAUUCAAAACCUUGGUCGGGCGUCCAAGAAAUUUCGAGAAAUCCUUCUGGCGCACGAGGGCGUGAUUACUCGUCACUUCGUGGCGGGUCAUACCAACGAUGACGACCCUGGCGUUACGAGACUAGCUUUUAUAGCAUGCAAAGCCCGCGAAUUCCUUUUCGGUUAUGGCGAUUUGGGGUAUCCUUUCGAUGGCGGUAUCGAAUUCCUUGAAAAAUACGUCGAACGGGGGGACUGGCCGAUUCAAUUUUACCGAUUGUCUGCCCUUACCUGGCUACCUAAACUGAGCAAGGGUAUCGAGUCAGUCUUGGACUGGGUUAUUACGGAAAUGGCACCCUUACCGCUCGAGUUGGAGGGCGGAGGUUUCACCUCUACCGAGAUGUCGCGCCAGCGGCGACUGUUAUACAUGCUUGAUUUUAUUUCCACAUUCCUCGAGAAAACAUAUGUGCCAAAAAGAAUGAAACCAAAAUUCGAUGCGCUAUUCAAGGCGCUUUGGGGCUCAUUUUCCCCUGCUGAGAUCUUUUUGGUGUACCAGCUAUUGGAGAGGUUAUACCAUUUUAACGCAGUUACAAGCGACUUGCAUGUAGUGUCGCCUGAAGUCGGACUUGUCAUGAGGUCCGUCCAUAAUCUGUGGUGUUACAAAAAAUGUUUCAAUACCUUCUUGACCAUGAAACGGUUCGAACUUUUGACUGGUGGAGAUCCCCCUUCUUGGGAACCAUUCGUCGACGACCCAAGCGCCUUCAUCAGGGGGGGGAUACCAUCGGGAAAAGAUGUGGAGGGGAGCUUGGAGGAGUAUUACUACUACAGCCCUCUGGAUUUCGAAUGGCUUGCUGUAAAGCACUUACUUGGGUCACGUCACUGGUUCUUUCUCAUAGGAGAUAAGGAUCGAUGUGAAUCGGUCAUAAAUCACGGGCGUAUUUGGUCUUGGGACAAAGAUACUUUCCCAUUGAUUCCAUGCAUGCAUGAUUCCACGAUACAAUGGCACCAAGAUCCAGCCCGGUUCGGGUUCCCAGGUACAGUGGACACGAUGCUGCCGCUCCGCGAGUUCUUCGGCCCCGGCCAAAAGCGUAAAAGAUGGUACCUAGAAGGAGGGACACGGCUAGCUCAUUACUCUCCGGAUUCACAUUAG